AUGUCAGACGUCAAUAUCCAGGCCCUCCUCCAGAAGCCUCGCAACGAGUGCACGGAGUAUGAGAUCGCCCAGCUGGAAAACUGGGAGAUGAGCAACGGACCUCUCUCGCUGCUGCAGACGGCUGUGCGGAGUCACUCGCAGGUGCUGAUUAGCAUCCGGUCGAAUCGCAAGCUGCUUGCGAGAGUCAAGGCUUUUGACCGCCACUGCAACAUGAUUCUGGAGAACGUUAAAGAGAUGUGGACUGAAACCCCAGUGCACAAUGGCAAGAAGGGGCGGCCGGUCAACAAAGAUCGUUUCAUCAGCAAGAUGUAA